AGUUGUGAAUAGGCGUUUGAAUGGAAGGUUGAUAAGAAUACCUUAAGGAAGUUAGAGUCUUCCACGGUCAAGAGCUCACACAUACCAUCAUCCUUCGAUGCGUUCGGUUCGAUUCCUGGUAGGGGCACGUUUGCCUGAGAGCAUAACUGCGGAGGCAUACUAUAGUAUACUGAAACGAGGCAAACAACAGGCAACUAGCGAGUUCGCCGAAUAGCGGUGACUGACCGGUCAAAGAUUGUGGGUCACAUAUAUAUCCUAAUGUACUCUGUCGCUCUUUCAGUAGUGGUCACAGACGUUCUGAUCCAUGGCUUGGUUUUGGACUUCCCCACGGCAUGGCGUUCAUCUUCUGAGCAAGUCUGUACUCACAUGGACUACCGCACCAGCUCUGGGAUGCCGCACACAAGAUCCUUGGACUUUUCGAGUCGUCCGGAGCCCCCUAUAUCUCGUUGGCUACAACCUUGCCCCGGCAGCCACCACGGGUAUAUGACUCUGUCGGUGAUCGUGGGGUUUGUCCCCAACCCCUUCCCCCAAGCUGAUCUCACAUCUCGGUGUCGCCUUUCCCCGCGCUCUUCCCCCGCUUUAGUGCAUUACUUGAGCUAUGUGCUAACUCUGCGUCAUAAAACUCGCCUUGCUGAGACAGGGAAGGAGAGGCGUAAGGUCAUCAUCAGGUAGGUCGAGCCGUACGUGGCUGUGGGUGUUGUGCCGACUCCGCGCUAGAAAUAUUU